AAUCAGAUUCGCAAAUAUGAUAAAAAGACGAAAUUUCCUAGGGUUGUUUUCCAUCCUCAAGUCUUUCACAUCCUCAGGUCUUCUUUGAAUCUUGAAGAAAAAUCCUUCCUCCUUCUGCAAUGUUGAAAUCAGAUUUGUUACCGUUCAAGAUCUUUGUUGUGUUUCUUAUCCUCAACUUGUUAGGAUUGGCAGCCUCAAUGGAUAAAGCUGGUAUUGAACAGGCUAACCAAAGACCUUCACCGAAAGCCAAUACACCAAAUCCUAGUCUUAAGGGUUUGACCAACGUUGGAGUUCUUCAUGAAGAAAACCUAGAACGUGACUUAAAAAGCGGUAAAGUGAAACAAGAAGAUGUAAGUCGUCAAAGGGUAAACAGAUUAUGGGAUCAUAAAAGACAAGCAGAAAAAGGGCGUAAUGAAAAUCAUAAAGACAUCUUAUUUUUCAAGCAGAAGAUGCGUAAGGAAGAGAACAGAGCGGGUCGUAGGUCUGACGAUAUAGCAAAUAAGCGAUAUCUACAAGCAAAAAAGGGAUAUGAGUCUGCAAGAGGUCAGAGGGGAUUCCACCAAGGUCAUUUAGAGGAUGUUCAUAUUGACGCAAAAGUACACCGAGAUGAAGGAAAUUUCAGUCAGAAGGACUUUCACACUAUUACCAAGAUGGAAUACCCUCACGAAUCGCAUGAGCUUGGUUACCAUUCUGAUGGCCGCUCGAAUGGAUCGUCUUUUGGACCUACACCUUCUCUAACUAGCUCUUCAUCUGGUUCUCCACACCUUUCAAGCCAUCAUGGUAGUCCAAGCCCAUCAAGCCAUCAUGGUAGUCCGAGCCUUUCAAACCGGUAUCGUAGUCCAAGCCCUCCUCGUCGUCUUUAUGCCUCUUCAUCUUCUCGCUCUCGCUCGCCGUGA